CGGCUCUGCCGAAGACCGGGCCUAAUGCCUUUUGACGAACUUUACGACUUUUAUGACCAAAAACCACGCACUACCACGAUCAUGAUCCGUGAGCGAGCAUGAAUCCCCCCGACGACACGAAACAGCAUGAACAGGAGGAGGCAUGCAACAGCACUCGAGCGACUUUUUCCGGCUUUUUGUUUUUUCCUCUGCAGAUUGUUUUAUUUCCUUCUUGGACAACAACGUACACUUGAUCCGCUCCCGCGACCAACACACAGACAUCGGCAGCUCACGCACCGGAAGUUUGUUGCUUCUUGCGGCCCCCUGUACCAACACACAGGAGAGCCGUUCGCCGUUUUUCAUCCGAGUUUGAUUUUUUCCCUGUUUUUUCCUCUGGGUCUUUUGAAAUUUAGCAAGCGAGCAUUGGCUUUUUGUUUUGAUCUUGGUCUUUUUACUCUGGCGGCGCCUUUCUUAACUCUAAUCUCUCUGUGUUAUUUCCGGUUUAUCUCUCUCUCCUACUCUUUGGCGCUGGGCAUGGGAAAUGGGAUAGGGUUCUGGGCGAAGCCUGGCUGCGAUUUCGGCGGGUUGGGAGGGCGAGCGACGGCGAAAUUUGGCGGUUAUGGGAUUUUGCGCUGUUUUUUUGGAAGAACGCUUUGGAUGGGCGACGGCGACGGACCACACAACCGUCGCAUCGCCAUUUUCUCCUCUCCUCUGUACUGCGUUGAGAGGCCUAGCCAGAGUCUCGUCUCGCUCGGGAGCGGAGAAAUCUCUCGCCGACACAUAGACAGACGCCGGCCACGCCUCAUCAGCCUAGGCAUUGGGACUUGGAAAGGGAUUUUAAAACAUCGUCAAUGCAGUCUGCGAUACCUCGCGGGGAGGAAGAGCCCGGCUUGGAAGACCAGCUGCGACACACCCACACGUCUGACGACAACCCCUUUCCUUUGUGGAACAACUUCAACAACACCAUCACAUUCGUUCACAACAACAAAACAAUUCGAUUCGAGGGGGGCUGCCGACAUCAAACGGACAUCAGCCCCCAUUCUGGAGGAUACCUCGCGGGAAGGGAUGGACGAGCUGCGAUAUCGCCAACAGAGGUGCGAUCUUCGGAGACGGACAGCCCGCACCGGGAGGGAUUCCGACAAAUUCACACUGCACCAUCGCCGGUCACACAUUGGGCUGAGCAACAGGAGGCAUUUUUCAACAAACAACAACAACAAAACAACACCACAACCCCCAUACGGGGCUGGGGUGAAGGGGAACUCGAAACCCCGGCAGGGGGGCUUGGAACAGCCUCUAUUCCUGCUCACGACAAUCAUUACAGACGGACUUUUUUCAUUUCUAUUCUUUCCCGUCGAAAGAUCUUUGUAGCUAGGCAGCACCAGAACCAGGUGAAAAAAUUGGAAACUUUGUUAGUGGGAGCAGCUUCUGUCUCGAACUUUGCGCCGUGAAUCUUGUGACUGUUGUGACUGUUGUGACUCUUGUGACUUCUCGCUGCAUGCU